AUAGAUUUUUGUCAUUCAAUCAUUCACAGGGAAGCGAAAUGCCAACUGGAAGCCUUUGUUAUUAUUUUAGAAAUCUUAAGUCAAAUUUCCUUGAAGCAAUUCGUCAAUAUCAGACAUAGUUUUGUCUUCGCCAUUGUCUACAAAUUAGGGAGCAACGUAGUAGUAUUGUAAUAGCAGAAGAGGCAAAACAAAAAUUUUAGGACAGUUGUCAGGAGCCACUUAAAAAAGUAGGUCAGAGGUCACGCCCUUUAAAUUUGAGUUCCGUCUGAGAAAUCGUGCUCUUUAGCUCUUCAGUGCCAACGUUCAGAUCCUAUAGACAUGUGGGCGUGGUGUGUAACAUUCGCAAAUAAAUUGCCAAAAGUAGUAUCUUAGGAUUGCAUAUACUCCAGUGAUAAAGAGUGACGUAAAUUUGGCUUGCUGCUUUCGUCUCGUGGACAAUAUUUCCAACAGACGUGUAACAGGAUGCCAUUUUUUUUUAUCGUGGUUCCAAAAUCGCUGCAAUUGCACAGUCAAGUAAGUUGGAAAUAAAGUAAAAUAAGAUUCUUUUGCCCCCUGUUUGAUAGGUGUUCCGUUUAAACCGUUGCUGGAAAUCAAAAAGAAGCAAUGUGGCACGCUUGAAGUCAUUUGGGCGCCAUCAACCUUAGAUUCUGGCGGAGGCCCGGUGACUGGUUUUCUAGUCCAGUUGAGAAACAAAGAUCAUGAUUGGCUUAACUGUACAACCUUCCCUACAAAACAAAGCUGCUUGUUUAAAUAUCUUCUAAGCGACACCGACUACGAUAUCCGCGUUCAAGCUGUGAACCAAAAAGGGUGGAGUGAUAUGACAAACGCAACAAUAAAGACGGCUGUUACAGGAUCACCUGAAUCACCUAGGAUUCUAAGCAACCAGUCAGAAAUCACUGCAAGAAAUGUUACAGUGAAGUGGACAAGGCCGUUGGAUAAAGGAUGCAGGAUUACCAUGUACUCAAUUUACUACACAGUGAUUGAGCCAAUUAAAGAAAAAUCAAGAGAAAUAAACAUCACCGAUGCAAGUGUCACCAGUUACGUACUGCACCUUCAGUACAGUAAGACGUACCGGGUGGUGGUUUUGGCCUGGAACGAUCUGGGACGCAGUUUACAAAGCAACACAUGGCAAGUGAAGACAGCCCAAGAUGUUCCUUAUCAUCCGACCAUGCGUGAGGCCAUUCUUGAAGAGUGUAACUCAGUCAACGUAACGUGGAGUCCACCGACACGUGAGGCAUUGGGUGAUCCUGUGACCAGCUAUUUAGCACAAAUACGACGAUCAGGAUCUCAAAACCCUUGGAUGAACUGUACAUCUUUGACAAAUCAGCAGUCGACUUCUUGUUUGUUUCCACAUCUGGAAAAAUACCCGGACUACGAAGUGAGAGUACUGGCUAAAAACAAAGUUGGAUACAGUUUGCCAUCGGGGAUUCUCAGAGUUUCAAUGAAAGAAGCAGACUUCCCAGGUAGGCCACAAAUAGUUGACUGGAAAGCGACAGAAUGUAAUGUCAUUUUAAAGUGGAUUCCACCGCAACCAAAUGAUUGUCCAAUACUCUUCUACACAAUCAGUUACCGAAAACAAGAAACAACUGGUGAUGCCAAGGAGUGGACUGCAAUCAAUAUUACAGAUCCAACAGUCAAUCAUCAUGAGUUUAUGUUGAAUUGUACAACUACUUAUGAGUUUCAGGUCACUGCCUGGAACGAGCUGGGUGGUCUUCUUUCUUUGGUAUCAUCGACAACAACGGACGGUUUUGCUGCGAAGGAUGAUAUAGAAGACGUAUCAACAUCAAGUUCUUCAAUAAUGAAUAACACACUGAUAAUAGUCCUCCUGGUCGUCUUUAUCGCUCUGGUUGUCGUCCUGCUAUUCAUUGUCGCUAGGCGUUGCCGAAGGAAGGAACAGCGCAAGCCAAAGAGGACUGUGAAGGAUAUUCUUAUCCUGGAAAGGUGCGAAAUUCAUCCAAUCAGAACGGAGUUCGUCGAAGAACUGGGAGAAGGAGCGUUUGGAAAAGUUAACAAAGCCACCCUGAAAGAAGGCUUGGAAUUCUUUAAUGACAAGAUGGACUUUGUUGAUAAGAGUAAGAAGCCAAAAAUGGUUGCGGUCAAAGAACUACAUGAAAAUGCCACUGAAGAGCAGCGACGAGAAUUUCUGGAUGAGAUAGACCUCAUGAAGAAAGUUGGAAAACAUCAGAAUGUUUUAAGUUUCCUUGGCUGUUGGACCACUGCUAAACCACUUCUUCUGAUUAUUGAGUACGUUCCCCAUGGCGACUUACUUCAUUGGUUAAGACGUAAGAGAAGCGAGAUCAAUGGGUCUUCUGGGGAUACUGAAGAGAACGAACUCUAUGCUGGAAGCAGGACACUGAUGACGACAAAUUCUAGCGAGACCGGGGGUGAAAAUGAAGUUAACAUGGUGACGUUAGAAGACAGCGACGGGCUCUCCUCUGCUCACAACGAGACAGACGAAACAGGUCUAGACGAAUGUGCCAUACCUUUGGUACCUUUGUCAUCAUCAUCGGGACAGGAAGGAGAUACUCCAACUGAGAAAAAAAGCGGCGGCGAGUGCAGUGAAGAUUGCGAGUUAUUUCAUCCGGCUGAUUUACUAUCAUUCGCCUGGCAGAUAGCGCGAGGCAUGAAUUAUCUUUCUGAGAAGGGACUUGUUCAUAGAGACCUCGCUGCAAGAAAUGUUCUCGUUGGACACGGGAAAUUGCUCAAGAUUGCCGACUUCGGCUUGAUGCGAGAAGUUUAUCAUGAGGUGUAUGAAGUACAGAAGCAGAAGAAACUACCAUUCAAAUGGAUGGCGCCUGAGUCACUUUAUAAACAGAUCUUCACCACUAAAAGUGACGUGUGGCACACCUUAUCCGCUGUUAGGUAACGCAGAGCUCAUGAGGCGUCUGAAGACUGGUUACCGAAUGGAGAAGCCUGAUUUGUGCUCUGAUAAUUUGUAAGUUGUUUCGCUUUUCAAUCUGUGAGGAGGGAGAGCUGCCUAAUUAUAUUGCUCCAAAAACGAAACACUCGAUGUAUAUAACCAGCGAGACCAGUGGAGAGCAUGACCGACGAAGACUGACCAAGUAUAGCACGGAUUACUUCGACAGUAAUAUCCCGACCAUCUCGAGCCCUGCUCAUGUUUGAUUUUUUAAGCUCUUUAUAUCCAUUUUUGAAUCAGGUUUGGAGGCCCUUGGUUUCUUGCCGUUCGUAAAUCAUCAUGAUAUAAUUCAAAAUUCAACCAUUUCGCGCUUACCUCGAAGAAAACAUUUUCAGUGGUAGCUUCCAUUUGGAAGUACACAGUGAGAGAUCAAAUCAGAGUUUUGGAUUUGCGAUAGAACAUGGAGUGUCGAAUGAUAUUCAGUGCAGUGCCACUACAUAGCAGAAAUGUAAUUCCUACGUGUAGAGGGCUUGUCACUUGAGAGUCAAAGAUAAUUGGUUUUAUAUUACUCUGCUACAGGAUUGUUUAAA